AUUUGUUUCAUAUGGGAAUUUUAGUAUUAGUAAAUACUUCAACUUUAAAAGAGCCUGACAAAAACAAAAAGUGGGCAAAACCAUUGGAUUCAGUGACCCUUUUGUUGCUUAUACUGCUCUUUUGUUUUUACUUGUGUUUCCUGUUCUUGAUAUUUUUUGGGGGGUUUUCAAGAUUUCAUCUGAUUUUUAGCUUUUGGGGUUUCAUCAAAAGUGAAGUUUGAGCUCUAUAUUUGUUGAAAAAUUGGUUCUUUUUUUUGUCUGAUUUGAAUUCUUGAUAUGCUUUUUAGUUCUGUAAGUUCACUGAAAAGAUUGUUUCUUGCUGGACUUGUGAUUUGGUAGAUAGCUCCAAGACUUAAUAGUAUAAAGGGUUCUUUAAAUUUGCUUCAAAUUUUGUUGGGCCAGGGUUUUUUAUAGAUUCUUAGCUAGAAAUGUGGGAAAGGUGAUAAUUUUUGGUAUAUCCCUUUGUAUUUGAAUUUGCUGCAGUCGAGCUGAGGAUCUUUCAUCUCUCAGAAACAGCUAUCUCCACGAGAUAGUGAUAAGGUCCGCCUACACUCUAUUCUCCCCAGACCCCACUUGUGGAAUUUUGCGGGUAUGUUGUUGUUAUUGUUGUAUCUUAAUAUAUCCCUUUCCAAGUUGAAUUGAUAAUGAUGAAAAGUUUCAAUCUUUGUAGUUCUUGAAAGUGGAAAAAGUUGUUAUUUUUGGUCUAAUAUACAAGAAAUCCAUUAGGAUUUUGGGGGUUGAGUUCUUUAUGAUCAUGGAGAAACAGGUUAGUUUCCAGGGUGCAACAAUGGAAAAACAGCAAAGUUUUCGAAACGGGGUGAUGGAGAAGCAGAAGAGCUUUAGAGGAAUAAUGGAAAAACAGAAAAGUUUUAGGAUAGCAAUGGAGAGGCAAAUGAGUUUUGGUGGUGAGAGGAAAAGGGGUAAGGAUUCACCGGGGAAACGAGGGGAUUCCCCGUUGCAUCUUGCAGCUAGAGCUGGAAAUUUCGGAAAGGUGAAAGAAAUUAUUCAGAAGUUUGAUGAAAAAGGCAUAAAAGACUUGUUAUGUCAGCAAAACCAAGAGGGUGAGACUGCUUUAUAUGUUGCUGCUGAGAAUGGUCAUAGUUUGGUUGUUGCAGAGUUCUUGAAACAUUUAGACCUUGAAAUCGCUUCUAUUGUGGCAAAUAAUGGUUAUGAUACACUUCAUGUUGCAGCAAGGCAGGGUCAUCUUGAUGUACUACAGGAACUGCUGCAUUCCUUUCCAAACUUAGUCAUGACCACAGAUUCGUCCAAUUCUACGGCGUUACAUACUGCAGCUGCACAGGGACAUAUUCAUGUAGUAAAUAUGCUUCUGGAGAUUGAUUCUAACCUUGCUAAGAUAGCUCGGAACAACGGAAAGACUGUGCUCCAUACAGCAGCAAGAAUGGGACACUUGGAGAUAGUUAGAUCCCUUCUUAGCAAGGAUCCUGAGAUUGGCUUUAGAACAGAUAAAAAAGGCCAGACUGCCUUGCACAUGGCUGCAAAGGGACAAAAUGUUGACAUCGUGCUCGAAUUAAUCAAACCAAAUCCUGCUGUUUUGGCCUUGGAAGAUAACAAAGGAAACACAGCACUUCAUAUUGCAACAAGAAAGGGACGGAUACAGAUGGUACAAUGUCUUAUAUCAAUUGAGGGCAUUGAUCUUAACACCCUUAAUAAGGCUGGAGAAACAGUUCUUGAGAUUGCAGAAAAGUUUGGAACUCCGGAGCUUGUUUCUAUUUUGAAAGAAGCCGGAGCUACCCAUUCCAAAGAUCAUGGGAAGCCACCUGGUCCUGCAAAGCAACUCAAGCAGUCUGUCAGUGACAUAAAACAUGAUGUGCAUUCCCAGCUCCAACAGAGUCGGCAGACUGGCUUCAAAGUACGAAAAAUUGCAAUGAAGGUGAAGAAGCUCCACAUUAGUGGUCUUAACAACGCCAUCAACAAUGCAACAGUUGUUGCUGUCCUUAUUGCUACUGUUGCUUUUGCUGCCAUCUUCACUGUACCUGGGCAAUAUGUUGAAAAGAAAACAGAUGGAUUUUCGCUUGGAGAAGCACACAUAGGGAGAAAAGCAGCAUUCAUAAUCUUCUUCUUGUUUGACAGUAUGGCAUUGUUCAUUUCAGUUGCUGUUGUUGUGGUCCAGACGUCUGUUGUCGUGAUUGAACAGAAAGCAAAGAAACGACUCAUGUUUUGGAUAAACAAGCUAAUGUGGGCAGCUUGUCUCUUCAUCUCAGUCGCCUUUAUAUCUCUUAGUUAUGUGGUAGUUGGAGCUAAGGAAAGAUGGCUUGCUGUGUAUGCAACUGUGGUUGGUUGCAUAAUAAUGCUCACUACAUUUGGCUCCAUGUGCUAUUGUGUGGUUCAACAUAGGCUAGAAGAAUCGAGGUUGAGGAGCAUUCGAAGAACUGAGACUAAUUCACGUUCUUUCCCAUUGUCUGUGGCAUCAGAUCCAGAGCUAUGCAGUGAGAACUACAAGAGGAUGUAUGCAGUAUAGGUAGAAUAAACAGGCAGAUGUCUGCCUAUGGCAUCAAAUGCAGAGCUCGGUAACUGAAACUACAAGCGAUUAUAUGUAAUUCUCAACCAUGAAGUUCAACAACACUGACAUGGGAUCAGAUUUAGAAUGGUGAAAGUAUGGAAGGGAUCUAUACUGUUCAGGAACAAAUGAGUAGAAAGUUUCAAUAGAUUGACAAUAAUAUCGGAGCGAUAUCAGUCGCUGCAGCAUCUUUCUUGGAAGUUCAAAAUGAAGCAUUAGUGUACAUAGAUUGUAACUUGGUGACAAGAAUGUGGGGAUGGCUGCUAUUUAUUUUUAUGCCUAUAUACCUGAUCAACUUCUAAGUUCAUCAAACAAAAUGGUGUCAUUGUAUAAUUUAUGAUAGCUUUUUUUU